UCAUUGUCAUUCAACUUUCUAGUUUUUACUGUUGUGCCUAUUGUUUUGGCAUUAUUUUUCUCAUGUGAAAUCCGGACAAAUUAUUUUAAUCUUAUCUCAAUAAUGCUCGUUUAGUGGUAUAUUAAUCGUUCUCGAUGGAAUACCACAAUCAUAUCUCGUUGUAAUGCCUGUCAAUUCACUAAAGCGUAACAGUGGUUGGAGAGUUGAUUUAUUAUAAUUCUUUCCGCAAUAAAUGUGAUUUUGUGCUCAUAAUGGAGGAUUAUAAGUUUCUAUUUAAAGUCGUGUUGGUCGGGAACGCGGGUGUAGGGAAAACUUGUCUUGUGAGAAGGUUCACGCAAGGUCUGUUUCCACCAGGCCAAGGAGCAACAAUUGGUGUUGAUUUCAUGAUCAAAACGGUCGAGGUAGAUGGAGAGAAAGUGAAGUUGCAAAUUUGGGAUACUGCAGGUCAGGAGAGGUUCAGAUCUAUAACACAAAGCUACUACCGAUCUGCACACGCUUUAAUCCUAGUGUAUGAUAUAUCUUGCCAGCCUACCUUUGAUUGCUUGCCGGAUUGGUUACGUGAAAUAGAGGAGUAUGCGAAUAAUAAGGUUUUAAGAAUAUUAGUUGGUAAUAAAACUGAUAGAGAAGAUAGGGAGAUCCCUCGACAUAUAGGAGAGGACUUUGCACAAAGGCAUGGGAUGUAUUUCUUGGAGACGUCGGCUAAAGAAGCAGAGAAUGUUGAAAGACUGUUCAUGGAGAUAGCUGUUGAGCUAAUGGAGCAGGCGAAAUGCAAGGAGCUCCCAAAGUACGAUGGCAGCUUAGGUCCCAUAAAUGGAAAGACUUCAUCAGUAAACGACAGCUCAUGCUGUCUAAGAUCGUAGACUGGUACCAUUACUGAUGUGCACUAAGCUUUGACUAAACUAAGCUUACUUUUAUAGUUAAAUCUGUUGUGCUUAUGUAAAAAUUUCAACUCUUAUUAAAAUAUCUACAUUACUUGUACUGAAUUGUAAGCAUACAACUUUAAAUAAAGUGCUGGGCUGACAUAAGUGCCUAAGUAUUCGUUUUGAUUUUUAUUAAACAAUGAACUACAUACAUUCAUAUGUAUUGUCAUAACAAUAUUUACCAACCGACCACAAUAAAUAAGUGUCCUACUAAAGAAUGGCUCCAUAGGUUUUUAAUUAUAACACAGUAAAAUUGUAAGCUAUAACAAUGAAUGUAAAAGUUAAGUUAAUAAAAGGUCCUGUCAAUAAAGUUGAGUCAAAGCUCCGAGCUACUCAGGUACCAGUUUAAAUACUUUUGGUGGUUGCAAUCUAAUGUGGAAAUAUUGCAGUUAACUGAACCUAACUUAAUGUAUAGACAGUGCUAACAUUCCAUCGCUUUUAAGUAUUCUACAUGAACAAUAUAGCACUGUCACAAUAUUGUGUGCUUAAUUUCUUUUAAUUUAAUCUUAUAAUAACUAUAGUAUUGUGGGUAAAUAAAAAAUCAUAAUAAUAAAGGUUAAUACACAAUACCGACAUUAGUACAGCACUAUUUAUUUAAGUAGUCGAAAUUAUAUCUAUAUUGGUGCUAAUUCUUUCGUACACGAAUCAAUAAUCUGAAUUAAAUUGACAGGUAUAAAAGUAAUGGUAUCCUUUUCACUGUGGAAAAGGUCAGCACUACUUUAAAACAUGUCAAUUUAGAGAUUUCCGUGCAACAGAAUAAGCACCAAUCCCAAAUAGUCGUACAUAGCCAGUACUUUACAGUAUUUUAAAGGUUCAGUACUUAUUUAUUUUGGUAUUAUUAAUGCUAGUGAGGUCAGAGAAAAAGUUGGAAUAUUUAAAAUAAACUGUGACACCUUCUAGGGUGGAUAAGAUUUUAUAUUUUAUUUAUUAUAGAUUAGGGAUGGGACAUUAAUGCAUAUCGAUAUUAUAGUCCACAUGGUAUUGUGGCAAGAGUUAUAAAAAUACGCGCAAGCAAUAAAAAGAAUUUGUGUCAUCACAGGAGUAAAUUUCAUAUGAUUUUACAAUAAAAUGGAAAAACUUUAACAACUGUGAUAAUUUUAUUAUGAAAUUGUCUGGUGAAGGGAAUUAGUUAACUUAUUAUACAAUUCGUAACAUAUUGUGUUUUUGUUACUAAAUAUCGACAACCAGCAACUAUUUCACAAACAUUAUUUUGUAAAAAAGAUUGAUCCCAUAUAUUUUAUUCCGUUCACACACAUGUGUACAGUGCGUAAGUCGUGAUGGUGGAGAGAGAGACACUUUUUGAUAUUCACAUUGUUCUUUCUAUUUCAUGCGCUUGAUUUCGUAAGAUUUUCGUUGGUGCGAUUUUUGUUGUAUUAGUAUAAUAAAUUUUGUUGGCGUAUUGUUAAUACAAAUAAGGUUAACUAGGUAUUGGUAAUCAUUUUGUUGUACACUAAACUUUAAUUAACUUAACGCUGAAUCCUAAUCAUACCUAAUUUAUUGUGUGCCUGUGUAUGUCACUGAACUCCUUCUAGACGGCUGGACCGAUUUUGUUGAAAUUUUUUGUGUGAGUUCAAGGGGAUUCGAGGUUGGUUUAGAUUCAAAAUUUGGUUGACUGGAAAAUGUUUAAAAAAAUCCACGGGACGAAGUUCGCCGGGAUGGCUAGUAUGUAUAUAAAUUAAUUGCUGUUCGUUAGUCUUACUGAAACUAGAGAAAGGCUGGACCGAUUAAGGAAGUCUAGUGAAGGUUUAAACGCUGACAAGAUAUUCCAUGUACGCAACAACAUAAACAAUAUUACGUCAACUCGAUCCAUCUGUUUUGAGCGUUACGAUGGCACAGACCGACAGAGAAAGUGGUUAAAUAUACAAUAUACUAGCUGUCCCGGCGUACUUCGUACCGCGGAUCAUUUUUUUUAAUGAAU